AUGGUAGCCGGUUCUAGCUCCAGACCUGUUGGUGCAUCUUCGUCCGUCCCUGUGAAUGAACCUCCGAUCGAGCCUGUCGCCUCCCCUUCGUUCGCUGUUGAUCUAAACUGUAGUGGAGGCGGCGAUGUUGGAAUAAGGGAUAUUGUGCCGACCUCUUUACAGUGUGCUGCACCGGCUGGCCUGGGCGAUGCAUUGCUGGAUGAUGCAGACGAUGAUGAUGUGGAGCCGGAUAUCAUUGCUGAUGACAGUGGCGAUGAUAUUGGAGCAAGUGACCCAAUUGGGGCGGGAGGUAGUUCUAGCUCUGGCACACAGCAGUACCCUUCGCACUUUUCAUCUUUUGACUUGGAUGCCAUGAGACAGGAGGGAAUUCCUGGGGAGCCUGCUGGAUUCGAUGCUAGAGAUGCCGAAGGGUCCGCAGGUUUGACAGAGUUUCAGGGCGGGCCGGCCUGCUUUGCCACCCCUAGUCAGCAGUUUCAGGAUAAAGAUGAGGCUGUGUUAAGUGUGAAGACGUACAGCAUCCGAUGCGGAGUACAGUACAAGGUGGUGGAGUCUGACUAUCGCCGGUAUGUUGGGAAGUGUUCGGAGUUUGGGAAUGGGUGCACAUGGUUGAUUAGGCUUAGUCUUCGGCAGCGCAAGGGCAUUUGGGAGGUCAAAUGGUACAACGGACCGCAUACGUUUCUCGCAACGUCCAUCUCCAGCGACCACAUGAGUCUGGAUUAUCAUGUGAUCUCGGCAUUCAUCAUGCCAAUGGUUAGAGUUGAUGCAUCCGUCAGCAUCAAGGUGCUCCUGAAUGCGACGGCAGUACACUUUGGGUUCAGGUCGACGUAUAGGAGGGUUUGGUUGGCGAAGCAGAAGGCCGUUGCCCACAUCUAUGGUGAUUGGGAUGAGUCGUACAACGAGCUCCCUAGGUGGGUGUUAGGAGUUCAGUUGACGAUGCCUAAUACUGUUGCAGUUCUUAGGACGAGUUCUGUUCGAGUUGGAGGCCAGGUCGACAACUCGCAAGCUUAUUUUCACUGA